AUGACGGGUUCAAGGGUUGGCGAACCGACGCCAGGUACCGCGGGCGUUGUUUCUCCUGCUGGGCAACAACGUCCGGCGCCUCCCGCUACAGCCCCCUAUCCGGCACAUCAAUAUUCCCAGCCCGGAUACGCUCCUCGAAUGCGCAUAGUACCUUUCAGCAAAGCGUGGCACUGGACCAAGAUAGCAAUACGAGCUUUUUCUCUGGUCUCCUGCGUCAUCUUGAUAGGCUUGUCAGGCGGCCUUGCUGCCCAUCGAUCUUACAGCGGCUUCUCUCUAAGCUUUUUGUGGAUCAUCCCUUUCGCCGUCUUCACCGCAGCGUGGAACAUCGCCGAAUUCAUCACUAUCGGAGCUUGCGGAAAGCGUCACGGGAGCGACGCUCGUCGAGGCAUUCAUCCAGGAGCCCACGUGGGCGUGGAUCUUAUCAUCUGGCUUGUGGGCAUAUUCAGUGUCUUCGUCUCUGCAGUCUCCAGCGUCAGCGCCCAAAGGCAAUUGAGGACUUGCCAGGAAUACUUGGCCGAAAAAGAUAGUGACAGCUAUCGCUACUACUACCAGGACUAUUGCGAAGGUAGCUACGAGGACCUGAAGACUGGCAUCACGAUACCCAUGCUUCGUGCCAUUACAGCCUUCCUUGCCUUUGUAACGCUUAUUCACUUCGUCCUGUUCGUCCGUGCAUGUGUUGAGACUAAUCAACGCAAUCAUACAAGAGCGAAUGUCAUGAUGGUGCCUCCCCAGGCAUAUUAUGGAGCCCCUGUCAACACUAUACCGUUUGGUAGCGCCUAUCCAAUGGCGCCCCCUCAGGCUCAUUCAACCGUCGCGCAAGCCGGUCCUUUGGGCGAAAAGUCUACGGUACCGCACUCACAAAACGACCACUCCAACUUAGCCGGAUUCUAUGCUCCAGCUGGCCCGGUGGGAUCAACUCAGCAGCAUCCACAGACAGAAACGAGAAACAUGCAAUCCGGUAGCAACGUCUAG